CAUCCUUCUGGAACAACACGCCGGAACAGAAUUAAAUCCUACCGGCAUGACGAAUAUCGGCAACGGCGGAGAGACCUCCGAUUCGGUCACUAUCAACAUUUCCAAUUCGCACAACGAUGCCAUUUCGUUCGAACGCAAGUACAGCCGCUCGCAGACGGUAAACGAGUUUAAAGUGAAGCUGGAACCGAUCACCGGCGGAUCUGCCGGAACGAUGCAGCUGGAGCUGUACAGUGGGGAUCGGUUGGUGUGUAAGCUGGACAGCGACAGCCGACUGCUCGGAUCGUACCCGGUCGAAGACGGCAUGAGGGUACACGUGAUCGACCACUUCCAGUUCGUCCAGGAGAACGUGGCCAAGUUUGAGCUCAGCACGGAGGAGUACGACAAGAAGUCGGACAGUGUUCGGAGCUUCCUGCGGAAGAACAAGCUCGGCAAGUACAACGAGGCGGAGAUGGCCAAACUGGAGGAGGAUCGCAAGCGCCAGGAAGCGGAAGACCAGAAGAAGAUCGACGAAACCGCGGUCGGUGCAAGGUGCCGGGUCACCACCAAGGGGCACCCCACCCGGCUGGGAACGGUCCUGUACAAGGGGGAACUCGAGGGUAAGCCAGGACUUUUCUUCGGCGUAAAAUUCGACGAACCGCUCGGAGUGAACGAUGGCAGCGUCAACGGGAAACGAUAUUUCGACUGUCCGCCCAAAUAUGGUAGCUUCGUAACGCUGAAAGCGGUCGAGGUGGGCGAUUUUCCUCCGGAAGAGUUCUCGCUGGACGAUGAGCUGUGAAAGGCCAUUCCAUUUCGUUCGACACUUUGCCCGAAGCCUUUGCGGUGUGUGGCACAAAUUAUACACAUUCUACCCUUUUUCACACGCAAACUAUUUAUAACGCAACUAAGUUACGGAAUUCGACUGGGUUAUCAACUAAUAAUA